GUUUGUAGGAACUGGCACGUUUGAUGUUCACGGCUUGCGCACAGUUCAGAUUGUCUACUGGGAAGCGCAGGAUGGCAUCGAAAUUCUUGCUGCGAGUGACACUGAAACAGAAAUUCUGGAUCAGUGGUGUACCCAGGUUCUACAGUUCUGCUUCAGUGCCCACUACAAAGUUGUUUAUCAAUGGCAAAUUUGUAGAUUCCAAAACUGACAAAUGGAUUGAUGUUCACAACCCUGCGACCAAUGAAGUGGUGACACGGGUGCCAGAAGCCACAAGGGAGGAGAUGGAGGGGGCAGUGAGCGCAGCCAAACAGGCGUUUGAGUCCUGGUCACAAACCACAGUCCUCACCAGACAACAGACCAUGUUUAGGUUCCAGCAGCUCAUCAAGGAAAAUAUGAAACGACUUGCUGCUAACAUUACAUUAGAGCAAGGAAAAACGCUGGUUGAUGCAGAGGGAGAUGUGACAAGAGGCCUUCAGGUAGUAGAGCACUGUUGUAGCAUCCCGUCCUUACAGCUGGGGGAGUCUAUGUCUACGAUAGCUAAGGACAUGGACAUCAUCUCUUACCGUGUCCCCCUGGGGGUGUGGGCGGGCAUCACGCCAUUCAACUUCCCGGCCAUGAUCCCCAUGUGGAUGUUCCCUACAGCGAUUGUCUGUGGUAACACCUGUGUGAUGAAGCCAUCAGAGAGGGACCCUGGGGCCACCAUGAUACUGAUGGAGUUGUUACAGGAGGCUGGGGUCCCUGAUGGGGUUGUCAACGUCAUACACGGCAAACAUGACUCUGUGAACUUUAUCUGUGAUCACCCUGACAUACGGGCCAUCUCAUUCGUUGGAUCUGACCAGGCAGGCCAGUAUAUUUAUGAAAGAGGAUCAAAGAAUGGCAAGAGGGUACAGUCAAACAUGGGAGCCAAGAAUCAUGGAGUUGUUAUGCCGGAUGCAAAUAAAGAACAAGCCCUCAACCAGUUGGUGGGAGCAGCAUUUGGAGCAGCAGGACAGAGGUGCAUGGCGCUGAGCACAGCCCUCUUUGUGGGAGAGGCUCAAGAUUGGCUCCCUGACCUUGUUGAGAAAGCCAAAAAGCUAAAGGUCAAUGCAGGUCACGAACCUGGCACAGAUCUGGGACCUCUAAUCUCUCCUCAGGCUAAGCAAAGGGUGCUCGACCUGGUUCAGUCUGGAGUGGAUGAGGGGGCAGAACUCCUGUUAGAUGGCCGUGAUGUUGUGGUGAAGGGUUACGAAAAGGGCAACUUUGUGGGGCCGACCGUCCUGCACAAAGUCAAGCCUAACAUGAAAUGUUACAAAGAGGAAAUAUUUGGGCCGGUGCUGGUCAGCUGUGCUGUGGACAGCCUGGACGAGGCCAUCAACCUCAUCAAUGCCAACCCUUACGGUAAUGGCACAGCCAUCUUCACCACAAACGGGGCUACAGCCAGGAAGUACACAAUGGAAAUUGAUGUGGGACAGGUGGGCGUGAAUGUACCCAUCCCCGUCCCUCUACCCAUGUUCUCCUUCACAGGCUCAAGGGCUUCCUUCAGGGGAGAUCAGAACUUCUAUGGAAAAGCAGGUUUUAAUUUCUACACCCAAGUGAAGACGGUGACCCAGAUGUGGAGAGCGGAUGAUGCUACAGGUGGGAAGGCCGCCACUGCCAUGCCUGUCAUGCGUUAACUCUCACACUUAUAAUAGUGUCAGUUCAGCACAUGUGUGAUGUGGACAAAUCUGAUAUAAUAAACUGUUAUGCUGUACACACUUGUACAUGUAUGUCAACCUCAUUUUCUCAGUGAAGAGAUAUAACAGAAUAAAUCUGAGCUGAAUGGCAGACACAUGAAACAAUGUACCUGGCCAUGUAAGCCACUUCUGGAGACCAGAGUCGCCUGCCCUUACUUCAGAAUCUGUCACCAAAAAUUCAGGGUUAUACACAAAAUAAUGUGUGGAAGUACAUGUAUGUUUUGUGUGAUUGAGCAGAGUAAGGUAUAUACUUGUCUGAUGUUCAGAUGUUGAUGAGAAAGAGCCCAUUUUCAUACUGCAUGAAGUUCACCAUUUUAGAUAAGUAUCAUCAUGGUGGUAGAUAUAGCUGUGUAUGAAACCUUUCAUACAUGGGGUGAGUAAGUUGUGAUAUGCUUUUCUCAGUGCUAUAUGAUUAAGGUGCAAACAGAAUUCUGUAGCUGUAAGUCCUGUGGAGCUUGCAGUGGUUUAUCUACUGGCAUUUCAGUGGUUUUUGUACAAAAUUGUUCUGGUGUACUUCAGUAUGGCCAUGGUUGUGCAUUUCUACCUGAGCGUAAAUUGCUCCAUUAACUUGUUCUUACCUGAAGUUCACUGAAUGAGCAUUUAAUCAUAAUAAUGGGAAGAUUUGGAUUUUGCUAUUUGAGAUUCCCGGUGUCUUCUAGAUCUGCCCUGAAUACUGGUGAAAUUAUGGUGCAUGGCCUGUUGUUGCAGAAAUUAUUUGUCUAAUAAAUGCUUGUUGCUCAUUGCUGUUUUUACGCAAAGUGCUAAAAUUCAAUCAUAUUAUGAAAGAUGAUCAAAUACUUCUCAUAAUCAAGAAUGUGUAAAAAGAGCAGUUAAAUUCCUUAAAUGUUUCUUAUUGACUAUGGUUUUCAGAAUGGAUUUUAGUGAAAGAUAAGACUC